CUUUGUUUUUUUCUAUACGCGUACGUGAUAGGAACUGUCAGUGCUGUAACCGGUCGGUCACGAGUUUGGUACAAACAAAAACGCAAGGAAACGAAGGAAUGAGCGAGAGUAGGGGGGUGAGAGAGAAGAUAAAAAAAGUAGAAAGGAAAAGAGAGAGCUGAAUCUGUGAGCGCCGCUAAACCGAGCGUCGAGCGCGUAGCAUUACGAGUAGACGCUUCGCUAUCGACAAAAAAUGGAAGUGGAAAAACAGAAUUCUCGUGUAAAAAGAAGAAAAUUUGUGUGGCAAUGAAAAGUAUGUGACAAAAGUACGCAAGUAGUCGAAAAAUGCAAAAUCGAAAGUCUAGAAUAUGAAAGAACAUGGACAUGAUUGAUGAGAAGCAAAAAAAUCUUGAAUGCACGACUGAAGCAGAAUGCGAAGAGAAAAAAGGCAUUCGAAGUUGUAAACACCAAGGGAGGACUGUAAUUAACGAGAAAAAAUCGCGCAACAUCGAAACGGGAAGCAAAUACACGAGCUAUAAGGACGAAUUCGCACGAGUCGAUAAAACAAAGGAAAAGAUGAAAAAAUAGUGGAAAAAAGCGGAACGAAAAGAGACUAAAAUUACGGAGGGAGCAUCGUGGACAGCGGCGAAGUAUCGUUCGGCGCGCACGGGGACGCGUAAGUGCGAGAGAGUAGAGAGUUGAGCCGGUCGAACGUCGAGUGUCUCCGUCUCUGUCGAUUCCGUUCGGGUGGUCUCGAGUAGAAGAGUGGGGAGCGAGCGGUGCGGGUUCGUGCAGGAUCGGGCGCGGGAUUCGACGGUGGCGCGGCGCUCGUGGGGCUCGGCCGAGCCGGGAAACAGGCUGCCGGCGCAGCGGCGAAUGGAGCGCCGCAGUCGCGCGCUUGCACUCUCAGCGGUAAGCGGAGGCAGUGUGAUACACGCGCAUCCAAUAUCCGUUCGUUGAUAUACGUUUGUUUCGCGUAUUACAACAAAAUAUUCAAAUAAACAUAUACACAUACACACAACCAUUCAUGUAUAUAUAAAUUGAAAUAUAUACAUGUGUAUGUAUAUAUGUAUCUAUAAAUAUAUAUGUGAAUAUACAUACAUAUAUUUAUAUACAUGUGUAUAUGUACACAAACGUCUAUUACCUGUGCGUGCCACCCUCGUUAAUAAAACUUCUCGCUAACGAAACGCACCGGAGAGUCUCGAUAUCGUCGUGUUUUCGAGACUUUCAAAUGAAUGAGCGUUUAUCGGCGUAUUUGCCUUUCGGAGCAACUUCGUCGUCUCGCUUGGAUAAUCCAUUACUUUUUAUUUUCUCCAAUCCUCGAACGGCCCUCUGUGUUUUUUCUUCCGCAAAUACUUACGCGUAAACACUCAAAUGUACACAAGGUCGUCCAUGCUUUCGAAGGACCUGGAUUAAAACGAGGCGCAUGUGAUUCUACUCUACCUAUACAUAUAUAUCGAACGUAUAUAUGGUGUGUGCAUACUUAUAUUUAUAUUGAUGAUCCGAGUGAUGUGCACGUGUGUACCAGUGUACAAAAAGUGUUGAAAUAUCGUUUUGUUAUACGAUUUUCGUGCAAUCGUGGUUUAUUAUCUACCCAACCGGAAUAUUACGGAUCUGCGCGCCUUAUAUGGUGGUGAAAGUCGAGCUCAGGUCGGGAAAGGUGGACUUCUCGACGAAUAACUGCAAUGUGGCUAAGUGGGGAAACACGAGGAGGUGAUAAAGACUUCUGACCUUCUGUGCGUCGCGAGAGGGAAAAUUUUUCUCGUUGUCACACUUAAAGCCUUUAUUAUUUAUUAUUAUUAUUGUUAUUAUUAAUAUUGAUAUUAUUUUUUUUCGCAUUAUUUUUCGUCGUUAUCAUUCGCGGUCGCGGAAAAACGUCAAUUUCAAGUUAGAGAAGUCAUUGGAACACACGCGAAAAACACACACCCAAAUUGAUCCUUCUCAAAGCUCCGAUCGAUCGUUAUACAUACGAGGAACACAAAGAAAUACGAGAGAGAAAAUAAAAAAUAUUAAAUAAACCUUUAAAUACCAAGCGCAUAUAGCAAACGCAUAUUAAAAUUACCUUAAAAAAUACCUCGUACCUACAAGUACCUUCAAACAUAUAUUUAAAACAAAAACGAAUAAUAUUAAUAUUAAUAAUAAUAAUAAUAAUAAUAAUCAUAAUAAUAACAACAUUAAUAACAACGUAAAUUUUAAUAAUAAUAAUCAUCAUAAUAUUAAUAGUAAUACUAAUAACAAUAUAAUACUCUACCUUUCACAGCGCAAUAGUGCCUGGACCCCCGAGUCAGAGAUAUAAUUAUUAUCGAAAAGAUAUGACAAAAGAGUUAUUUAAUUUAAACGAGAAUAACGAGUAAAAUACUUUGAAAACGGUGAAAUAAUAUCGCGUAAUAAGGUUUGGACACCGACCACUUGUUACGUCGAGGAAAAAAUCUUGUUGACUAACAACCAACAAAAUAUUGCAAUAAAAAUUGAAUGAAAGAAGAAAAAUCUCAUACGUUAUGGGACACUUGAAUACACCGAUAUAAACGUUUUCGAAGAAGAUUAAUCGAACCAGGACAGCAAAGUACCUGCAGACAAAUAUAUUUAUUAUCAUUGAUUGAGUAAUACGUCGAAUAAAUAAUAAAACGGGAGGAUAUAUAGCGAUCGAUCGAUAAAAAAAAAAAGAGAGAUGAAAAUAAUGGUGAAAUAAUUUUAAGAGUAAUAAUAAAUAUACGGAAAACGUAAAAUCAAUAAAUCUAAUGAAAAUGAAGAAAAACGUCGAAUGAUCAUAAUAGUGCGCGAAUCAGUGUUCUGUUGCUUAUGGGAUAUUCGCUUUUGAAAAAAACCAUCAACUUAUAUCACAAAUGGAUAAUCGAGAUUUCUGAGGAUUAAUAUUUCCUUCGUUUCGCAAAGUGGAUUUUUUCAAACCUACGAGACAUCUUUCAUUACAACGUACGAUCUUAUUAUUCUUGCUAUUUUAUUCUCCGCGAUACUAUUAUUCGACACGGGGAUUUUGGACGCUCCGGAUUCACAAUAUCUCGAGAUACCUCAGGACAGCAGAAAUACCAUCGCAGAUGAGCAGGAUGCAGGGCAGCGUCUCAAUGCCCACGUGAAAAUGCGAUGGCCCAUGGGAAUAUAAAUAAUUUGACAAGUAAACAUAAUAACAAUAUUAAUAACCGUACUAAUCGUAAUAAUCGUCACAGUCGUAAUAAUCGUUAUAAUUAUAAUAAUCAUAAAAAGUAGCGUGUUAACGUAAAAAGUGGAAAAAAAAAUAAGAGAUUUAAAAAUUUACAAAGUGCGAACCAACAAACCUCCAGUGCAAAGACAAACAAUAAGAGAGACUUCAUCUUAUCAAAGAGAGACGGUGAAGACUUUAUUUUUCGUGGAUUAAGAUUCAAGGCUUUGGAAGGAGCGAGCUAGUGUUGCCGUGUGCGUGUGUGCGUGAGUGCGUGUGUUUGCCUCUUUCUUCGUACGCGGACGUGAAAGGGGAAGAUAGAAAAAAAAACGUGGAAGGGACUAACCAGAGAUAAAGAGAACGGGAACGUGGAGCUUUUUUUGAAAUAAUAGUACAAGAAUCAGGUACGGAGACUGUGCCUCCAUGGAUGUUUGCAGUAAUCGAAUUCACUUUUCGAAUAAAUCAGAUAAAUAAAGUUUGAUUUGUGUACAAUUCGUAUAGAUAAUAUAUGUAACGAGUGAUAAAAAAAAAAAAAAAAGCAGAAAAAGAGAAAGUGAAAAUAGGAAUAACCUUGUGCAAGUGUCAUCGGUGCAGCUCUCGAAUCAGGUUUCCUCGUCCUGUUUUCGCUCGUUCGUAUAAAGAAAGAGGAAUUAACGAAUAACAACAAGAAAGAAGAGUGGCAUUGGAAAAACUAUCGGGACGCUGGUAAGGACGAAAACGAACGAAAGUCUGAGGGCACAUGAUGGAAAAAGCCGUGGCUCGAUCGCUAACGGUGUACUACGAUUAUAACGAUCUAUCUCCGGAAUCAGAGUCAACGAGUAGGACAUCCUUAUCGAAGGAAUUUGCGACGAUCGCUCUUCUUUUCCAGGAGGCCUAUAAUUUUGGAUAAAACGAAUAAAGGCGUGGUAGAAAAGAAAGGAAGAAAGAUUAUAAACGGUCGGCAAUCUCAGAGAUCUCGGCUUUCCAUCGGCAUUCCUCUGCAACGAAGAUCAUAAUAGGAAGCACCGAAGGACUUCCUAGGUUGGUGGAACAAUUCCGUAUCAAUGGUCAGUCGUCUGGAUCGGAUUUUUACACACUCGCUUAGUGCACCAGUUGGCGUUGAUCGUCUCGUUUGCUAAUAAAUCUGUCCUAAGAGGCGAGGUCGAAACACGAGCUGUCCUGGAACGUAGGGCGAUUCGUGAAUGAAUAAAAAGCAGCCGUACACUGAGCUCUUGAAUGUGCGUAGUAGAUCGGGUACAUGAGACUGUGCCCGCCGGUGACAACGUCAUCCUCGACAAUAUGCGCGGAGCUGCAAGUGGUGCUUCACCCUCGACAGUUUCCAUUAAAGUCGGUAGAACACGUGUCACGGUGACGAGUUUGGUGAGCAACAACGUUACGGUGCGUUACAAUGAGGCGUCGCGGGGCGGUGUUCCCGGGACGACGACGACGACGACGGCGAGUGACAUCGGCGGCGGUGGCGGUGGCGGAGGCGGUGGAACCCUUACAGGACUUGCUCUGGCACCCUCAUCCAGGAUGAGUCCACCAUCCAAUAUGGACACGUCGGAAGGUCCCACGCUCGGAGGCGGUCCGGCGGUCGCGUUGAUUAAGGCCGAGACACCAGAAGGACAGCACAGAGCUACAACUUCCGCGUCAGCGGUUACGGGACCAGUCGGACCGGGAAGUGGCCUCUUCGCUGGCAUAGCUAGCAGCAAUAAACGUCCGAGGCCCGAUGAUUGGCUGGCACCAAAUAGCCCGAGCUCACCGCAAGGCCCGCUCCCGACUCAACACCUCAUUUAUACGACCCCACAGCAACAAUUGUCCAAUGCUCAGCAGCAGCAACAGCAGCAGCAGCAACAACAACAACAACAGCAACAGCAACAGUCACAAUCGCAACAACAAUCGCAACAACAGCCCCCCCAACAAUCAGCCUCCCAAACCCAAGUGCAAACGUUACAAAUGCAGCAGCAACAACAACAACAACAACAACAACAGCCUCCGAUGGCUCAUUCGACUCCGAUUAGCCAACCUCAAGUGCAACCUCAACAACAACAACAACAACAACCCCCGAACAACAACGGUUACGCAAGUCCCAUGUCCUCGGGAAGCUACGAUCCCUACAGCCCUAACGGAAAAAUAGGAAGGGACGACCUUUCGCCGCCGAGCUCGCUAAACGGAUACAGCGCGGAUAGCUGCGAUGCGAAAAAGAAAAAAGGCCCCAUGCCCAGGCAACAGGAAGAACUUUGUCUCGUGUGUGGGGAUCGGGCCUCUGGUUAUCACUACAACGCCCUUACGUGCGAGGGAUGCAAAGGCUUCUUCCGAAGAAGCAUCACCAAAAAUGCCGUCUAUCAAUGUAAAUACGGCAACAAUUGUGAAAUCGACAUGUACAUGAGACGCAAGUGUCAAGAAUGUCGGUUAAAAAAGUGCCUGACCGUUGGUAUGAGACCGGAAUGCGUCGUGCCCGAAUAUCAAUGUGCAGUCAAGCGUAAGGAGAAGAAGGCCCAGAAGGAAAAAGAUAAGCCGAACAGCACAACGAUGAAUGGAUCUCCCGGCAGCAUCAGCGGUAUGGUGCCCGAUCAAAUGGGAGUUAAGAUGGAACCCGCGGAGGCCGAAUGUCUAUCGAUGUCCGGAAGUAGCAGCGUCGGUACGACACCAGGCUCCCAUAACGGCGUCAAGCCCGUCAGUCCUGAACAGGAGGAACUCAUACACAGGCUCGUUUAUUAUCAAAACGAGUUCGAGCAGCCCAGUGACGAGGACAUCAAGAGGAUUACCAAUCAACCUACGGAGGGCGAAGAUCCGAGUGACAUAAGGUUUAGGCAUAUUACCGAAAUAACGAUAUUAACGGUACAACUGAUCGUCGAGUUUGCCAAGAGGUUACCAGGCUUCGACAAGCUUUUGCGGGAAGAUCAAAUAGCUCUCUUGAAGGCUUGCUCGAGCGAGGUUAUGAUGCUGAGGAUGGCGAGAAAAUACGACGUGCAAACGGACAGUAUCGUAUUCGCGAACAAUCAGCCGUACACGAGAGACAGUUACAGCCUCGCUGGAAUGGGCGAAACGAUCGAGGAUCUUUUACACUUUUGUCGGCACAUGUACAACAUGAAGGUCAACAAUGCCGAAUACGCGCUUCUCACGGCCAUCGUUAUUUUCUCAGAGAGGCCAAAUUUACUGGAAGCGUGGAAAGUGGAAAAGAUACAGGAAAUUUAUCUCGAAGCAUUGAAGGCGUACGUGGACAAUCGACGAAAGCCUCGAUCGGGAACGGUAUUCGCGAAGCUCUUGUCCGUUUUAACGGAGCUCAGGACCCUCGGCAACCAGAACAGCGAAAUGUGCUUCAGCCUCAAGCUCAAGAACAAGAAGCUGCCUCCCUUCCUCGCCGAGAUCUGGGACGUGAUGCCCUAGUUCCUCAACUCUCUGUUUCGCAUCGAACGAGACAAUGAGGAAUAACUUAUUUGGAGGAAGACGAGAAAAGGAAAAAGAGAUGUCCGCGUGAAUGAAAGAUGAAAAGGAAUACUGGAUCAUUGUGGCUCCGCGUUCCGCGUCGUCUCGAUAAUUCGUCUACGGAGCGACGUCCGAAGCUUCGCCGGAACAAAUAUUCGCCUCGGACUCGAGCUGAAGUAACCCGAGGUCUGAGAUUCGUGCGAAGAAAGGCCGCGGCGUCUGCAAAUCGUGCGCAAAGAAAAUUAGAUUUUCAACGAGCGUGAAAUUCGUGAUGAUGAAAAUUCGAAAUAAAAACUAGCGAAAGAACGAGAAAGAUAAAAGUAAAUAGGGAAAAGACGGCGCGUGUGACUUUUGUACUAGUGCACCACUAUGCCACUGCCGUUUCCGCAUCGCGCAGGUGAUUACAAUCGUGAUUCUUUUUUAUUCGAAAACAAACAACACACACAUACACCUGAAGAAAACAAAGUGAAUAUAAUUCUUUAAGGGCCGCGCGAAGCAGCCUCGUUAUUUCAAUAAAUAAGAACGAACGAAUACGAGAGCUCCCGGGAGUUUUUUUCCACGCACCACUCUCUACGACAAAGCGGAAAUGAUAAAGUUACGAAAACCCUAUGAAGAGAGGAAAAGAGCGAGAGAGAGAUAGAAAAAUCUGAAGAAAAAAACGAACUAUUCAAACGAACAAAUAAACAAAAUGAAAUAAAAGUGAGCGAACGAACGCGAAAGGCAGUGGCGAGGCACCCAGGCUGUGAUACGUAGAGACAGUACAGAGACUAUAUAAGGAACUACCUGCACUUAUAUAUUACUAUAUACUUUCUAUAUACAAAUAUACAUCCAUGUGUCUGUAAAGACAAAUUUAUAUUCGUGUGGAUAUACAUUUGUGUAUAUAUAUAUAUAAAUAUAUAUAUAUUACCCGGCUACCCCCAAUUAUCGAUAUAUGUAAAUGUAAUGUAAAUGUUAUAGGUCAUAAAGUUAUGAGAAGUUAGAGAGAAACUGAGAGAGAGAGAGAGGGAAAAAACAGAAGAAUAAUGACAGAAUGCAGCAGGACGAAGCAUGAGGAAAUACACAUAUGUACACCGAAGUGAUUUUAAGGAUACUUUGCAACCGUAUUCACUGGCAGGAAUUUCGAGUCUUCGGAAAUUUCGACGAGCGAUGCUUGAACACCGAAAUCUUGAUAAUUUUAACAAAAUGAAGUCAAACAUAGUUUGGAAUAACGAGGCAGGUCGUUGAAAUCGGUGAAAAUCUUCGGACAUUUGCAACUGAUUGAGAAGCGUAUGCUCUAUAAAUAUAAAAAGCAAGUAAUGAGAGACGAUUGCUAAAAAUGAAAGGAAACGUCGAGAAUAAUCAGAAAAUUCGUUCCGUUCAACAGAAAUGAAUAAUUUUUUAUUCAACUAAAUUUAAAUUCUAUCAUAUUUUGAUGACUCUUGAACGUUAUCGUUCUUGAAAGUAUACACGCUUAUUGAGCUUGAGUUGGAUUUUCUUUGGAUCGUCGAAUGUCGAAAUUCUGACAGCACGAAAUUUUUGGCUGUGAAUAUCAGCGUGUACGGGUCCUUGGAACGGCUGGGAAAAAAUUUUUAAAAUUUGUUUGUUGAUUAUUGAAGAGAUAGACGAGAGAAAAAAGUAUACACGCGAAAAGAAUCUUAAAGAAAAAAUUGCGAUGGAGUCGAGAGGGAAAAAAUGAUGAAAUUGAAAAUAGAGAAAAAAAAAAAAAUUUGCGAUCUGCAGGGAGAACGGACACUGUUGAGCAGUGAUCCUCGGACGAAGAGAGAACCGAGCGCGAAAUACGGUAUACAUAAUGAUACGAUAGAGUCUAUAUCACACACUCACACGACCACACGAAACACACACAUGAAACACACAGACACAAACAUAGCAUAAUAAUAUAUUGCCAGCAUAUGUACGUUGUUUAUACGAGAAAAGAUCGAGCGAGCUGUACGAAUGAUGAAUUUUUGAAACAAAAUGAAAAAAAAUAAUAAUAAUAAUAAGAAGAAGAAAACCGGAGAAAUGAGAAAAAUAAAACUAUACGAAAAAAAUGAGGAAAAAUGAGAAAAACGGUAAUUUGAAAUACGAGUGAAUGCUUUGCGUGUUUUCGGAUGAGAACAAUGUCGGGAUUGCCUAUUUUUCCGAUAUCGUCCAAGUAUUUUGAAGUUUCCACCGGAUUUUAUAAUAUUUUUGUUUUAGUCUCACGCUCAUUUGCUCAUUCGAGAUUGAAAUGUCAAAACAUUGAGAUUUUUUGGAAAAUACGAAACGAAGCACACGAGCGAUCAUGAGAUGUGCGAACUGCAGCAGGGACAAAAUUUCCUGCUCGUAAACUAGUGCAACUUUUCAAAGACCCGGACAAAAAUUGAAGCAACUUUUCAAAAUUUGCGAAAUAACUUUUUUUGGCAAAAAUGUCGCGAAUUAAAUGAAGUUUUGGUGAUUGAAUAAUGAGACUAUUCGGGAGAGCAUAGAAAAACGAAACACCGUGAAAAUUUAAUGGAAACUAAAAAAUACGAGAGGCGAUUGGAAACGUGUGGUGAGAAAUGCGGGAAGCCGCCCCGAGAAAAGAAAAGGGAAUAAAAUUGGUUGAGGAAUGUCGUGUUAGAAUAUAGAAAUAAAAAGAAGAAGAAAAAAAAGAAAUUAAAGUAUAAGCGAGGCUAGAAGAAGAAAAAAGGCAAGUAGGUCGUAGUGAACAAAAAGUCAGCUAGGCUAGGUGACCGAGUCAAGUGCAAAGCCCUGUGCCUUCAGCAGCGGACAUCGGCUCACCGACAAACGAAUAUAUGAAAAUUAACCGUCCGUUUUAAUUUUUUAAUAAACGAAAAAUGCAAAAAAAAGAACAAAAGAGAAACAAAAUAGGCAAGAGAAGGAAGAAGAUAAUGGAGGAUAAACAAUACGAAAGAAAACGAGAGAGCACGAAAUCCUGGAUAAUCAUGAAAUAUUGUGAGUCUUUUUCGAACGGGAGUUCGAGAAGGACCGAUCAUUUUAUUGUGGAGAAUAAGGAGGCAAAAAAUGGCGUGUGUGGUGAGAGCGAGCGAGAGAAUAUCGAUGUGGGAGGAAAACGAAAUAUAAUGCUUAACGAUAUUUGUGUGAGCUGAUUGGAAAAGGGCGCGUUUAUUUUUCCGUUCGAGUACGAAACUAGCAUCCGUGGAGACUCUGUUUUAUUUGUCUAUUUUCGUGUAUAACUCAAGCAAAAAAAAUGGAAAAAUGGGUGUGUGUUUACUGCGGAAUUCCGAUGACUACACGAGAGAGCCAGAUUCAAAGUGAGAAAGCGUUGUAUUUCUAAAAAGAGAAAAGUUCCAAUGGACGAAACGAUAUGAAUUGGGCGUGGUACGAACGACGCGUAUGAAGCGAAAAGCAGAACAAAAUGAAAAUCUGCGUCGUUUAAAAGCAACGAGGUUUUUUUGCAUUUCAGGUCUAACGGGAGCCAAUGAAAAGAUCAGAAGAUCAAAAAUCUUGGUUAACAGUAUUAUGAAAAGCAUAAAAUUUUGUCGCCUUCAAACGACGCCAAAUUUUUCGAGACCGCUUCUUCAACGCCGAAAUAAAAUACCGAGUUAACGAAGAAACUUGUCAGACAAACUACACAAAACACAAAAACACACGUAUAUACACGAUUUUCGUGAAGGGAAAUGAUCGAGAAAGCAUACGAAGAGAAAAAGGGUAGUGAAUAACUGGAAAAAAAAAACUCAUGGUAGAGAAGGAAGGAAGAGACACCAGAAACAUACGCUAAGAUUCUCGAUGUUGUAAAACUGUAAACUCUAUGCUAUUAACUGAUUGUAAAGAAGAAAAAAGCGCAGUUGUUAUUCCGUAGUUCUACAACGCAACGUAAAAUUACGUCAUAAUUCGUGUAAACGUGAAUAAGAAACGUAAAAGAAAAAGACACACGAACACACACACACACACACGCGCGAAAUUACAAAAACGCUGAAGAAAGAUACAAAUUUUAUUCGCAACGCCGAAGAAGACGAGGCGAAAAAAAAUCCGAAAAACUUGAGGAACAGUCGCGUUUCGAAGGAAAAAUAAUAUUUCCCGGGCAGCCAUCGCUUUGGAAUAAAAUAAGCGCAAACACAAAAACACUCGAAACACGCGGAAACAAAAAAGCACGUUUUUUCGUAUUAUAAGAACUUGCAUGUCGUGGUUAUCGAUAAGUGGCAUGUUAUUUUACAUGAGGCGUUGAAAAUACAAAACACACACACACACACACACACAGAAGUGAUUUAAAAAUUCAAAAAAAGUCACCAUGAAGCCGAACGAGCCCACGGGGACUCGCGAGAUUCCAAGUCAUGUUCGAUACAUAAAAAUAUAAACGCUAAAAAGUAUAUACAAACGUUAAUAGAAUGAGAGGAAGCUAUUAAAAACAACUAAAACAAUUGGAUACCCUCGUGCUUGACGAGCCAAGAGGUAUUAUCAUCAUUUUUUCAACCCGUGGUGAUUAUUGGAAUCGGCAUCAGGACUGAUUUUCUCGCAGCAGGCACACGCGCCCAACACUCCGCGUCACGCCCUCGCGAUGUAAUUUCCUGAGAGACGAGGAAAAGGGGGGAGGGGGGACUGGACUGCAAAAAUGAUAACUAAAAAUAUUUAAAAAAAAAGAAAAAAAACUACGUAACGCCGCAAGGCAGACACUGCCACACCGCAGAGUGGAACGCGAAUACACCACGUUGACGCUCGUCAAAAUAGCGAUUUAAAAGAAUAAACAAAAGCGAAAUACAUAAAAAUAUUUGAAGAUAAAAAAAAGAGAGAAAAAGAUUCUAUCUGUGCGAAAAAGUGAAAACUAAUGUACUCGAGGUUGAAAGAAAUGAGAUAAAGUAACAACAACAACAACAACGACAACGUAUUUGAUCGCGAAGUAAUAAACAGAUAAAAUAAUCGUCACCCCGCUGCUCAUCGAGUUAAAUUUUCGUCACGAUUUAAGACACUCUUGUAGAGAGAUUAUUUUAAAAUCACUCGAGAUAGGAAAACAAUCGAGUCUCGCGAACACACUCCUCGCGCUCCACCAACACCACAUCUCGCCUAUAACCUCAAAACAGUUGAAUAAUCCAGAGUCGAAUAAUCAAUGAAUAGAGAAAAUUUAAAUCACAGGAAAAGAAUGACGAUGUCGAUGAAGUGUCGCAACAUCGUGACGACGCCAGUUGCCUAGCUCCAAACUCGCUCAGAGAACGCGAGAUUCGACCUUUUAUUGAAAAACAAAAGAUAGAAUUCGUUAAUUUUAAGCACUCAUCGCUCGUAUUAUAAUAUCGCGCUACACCCGAUUGCAUUAUCCUCGUGCGUUCAAAUUUUACGGAUUAUCGAAAAUGAGACAGAGAGAUUUUUUCGUUCAGGCAAAUCCCUUGUUUUAUAUAAAUAUUACCACGUACGUUAAAUUCGUUUUUAGUGUCAAAAGUCCGGACCCAAUCGAGAUCUCAAUUUUCCUCUGAAAUAUGUAAAGUCUCAAAAAAACUGUAACGAUAAUAUUUGUGUGACAUGUUGCACGGAGUUGUCACGGGAACACGGACGGCGGGUCGCCUAUUUCUCGUUUAACCUCACUUUCGAAAGCCGAAUUUCUCUUACUCGUUUUUCUUUCGAAACUCUCGUAGCACCCAAUUCUUCACUACGAUCUCGUCCACGUACAUUCAUUUAUUCACAAAAGUAUUACCCAAUUUUUAACUGUUCGUGCGCGCACGCGUCACUCGUUUGUUCGGAUUUACAAAGAAACAUAAAAAAAAAGGUUACGAGAAAAAAAGGGAAAAAAAGAAACCAAAAGGUAGAAAUGAUGAAGUAACAUUGCAAUUCUACGAUCACUGCCAAGGGCGUUACUGUUUGACGUCGGUUUCGUUGUCUCUUAGAUGUUGUGUCGUUUUUCGGCCUCUCACGCGCGCGCGCGCUCGUUACGGUUUUUCGCGCCAUUUGUAUAUUCGGAAAAGCGUGUGUGGGUGAUUGUUCAUGAUACUGCCAAGCGUAGAGUCGAGUCUCUGUGUUUAAAAGAUGAAAAAUAAUUUAAAAAAUCGUAAAACAAACAAACAAACAUAAAACUAUAAUACUCUCCUUCCCCGCGCGCGCUAUUCGAUAUGACAAAUCGAAAGGACAAAGAAACGAAGAAACACAAGGAAAAUAACAUCGAGCCCCAUUGUACACGACAGUUGGUGAGCAUUUUUUUAUUCGAGACGUGAGAGGAUUAGACAAAAAAACGUAAACAAAAGAUUAAUAUUAAUCGUCCUAUCGAUGUGUAAUCGCAAUUUUAACGCGUACAAAGAAAAAAAAGACUCUCAUUUGGACCCGCCCUCCUCGAUUUCCGCACAGAACGAGCCGAAUGAUAGAAAAUAAACACACGCGUACACACACACACACACGACACACACACACAUCGUGGUUGUAUUCAACCAAAUUAUUGCAUUUUAUCUCCUUCUUUCCUCGUAACGGCGGCAUACAUUCAUUUUUAUAACCUUUAUCACACUCAUCGUUGCAUGAUUAAAAUAAAAACAAAAUUCUUCGCCGACCCUUCAUAAGUCGCUGCGAAUACCCUACUGGAAAAAACUCACCGAAAGAACAGAACGCCUUGAAAAAAGGUUACCCCCUCCAUCCCGAACUUUCGCGGAAUAAUACUUUCGACGGAGCUUGUUUAUCUCUUUCUUUGACAUAUUGCUCCACUUUCAAAACUAGACUCUGCCUCGAUGAUCGUAGUGACGUACGAAGGGUUAAAAACAAACACACACACACACACAUUAAUAUCACGGACACAAUUUGAAAAAUAAAAGUUGGUGUAAUCGCACGAGACACCGUGAACAAAGAAAUAACACAACGAUCGAAGCGCCACAUUAUUCGGCAUAACGAUUCGUCUGUUACAAAACAUAACUUGCUCUAAUGUAUUGUAUUAAAUAAAAGAGAAAAAAAUGAAAUUAGUUAAAUUUGAAAAGGGGCUGGGAAUGAGCAUCGGGCAAUAAUGGCCCUCGACGUGGCAGCUCUCGAUUGGCAAUUGAAAAUUUGGAAUAAUUCUCCGGGAAAUACUAGUUUUAUUUCUCUGGCCAACGAGAAUACGAGAAUGUACGUUGUCACAUAGCAAAAUUAUAUUUAGCCGGGAUAAAUUCUGUUGUGGAAGUGAAAUUGGUGCUUUGGAAUAAAUUAGACUGAAUAAUUGUUGUACGUUUUCGAAUGAGAUUAACGUGAGAAUAAAAUUUUAAAGACGAAGAGAAAAAUAAGGAAAGGUUAUCGGAAAUAUCAAAAAAAUUCGGAAUUAUGCCCCUAUGAUUGGAGAAAAUUUAUAUUUCUUUUUAGAGAAGAUAAAAUAAAAGAUAACCCAAAGUUUUAUGCACGCGCUAUAGUUGAUGCACGAUCGUGAAAAUAAUAAAAAAAAGAACAUUGUACACAUUCGUUCACACCAAUGCAAACACGCCACACAAAGCGAAGAAAUACGUAUACACGCGGAGGAAAAUUUGCGUAAAUUUGAUCAGGAAGUUUCGUCGAUACGCGAGGGAGUCGCGCCCAUUUUUUUGCACUCGCCCGGUGUAUGUAUUUUUUUUACAUUUUUUUUCUAACGAGGCACGAGUCUUCUGAGAAAAAACACUGUUUCGAGAGAAUUCACUUAUCUCGUUGAAAAAGAAGACGACAAACAAACGAUAAAAAUAAUGAAACAAAACAAACUGGCGAGAUUUGCGUGUGUACAUCAAUAUUAUAUUCUAACGGUUAUUAAUGAAUAAUAUACAAUAAUUUUAAUGAUUAUAAAGGUCCUUCAAACGUAAGCGUUUAUGAAGAAAAUUUAUGGGCAAGCAUGAGUCUGAGAGCGACAGCGAGAUGGAAAAAAACAUCAAAUUUGAGGGUGUGCAAAGCUGCGAUUGUCUAUUUACAUUUGAUACGGUGUGCGAGUUAUUUUUUUCUUCCUUUUUUUCUUCUAACGUCUACGCUGUACUAUUUCGCUGCCCUCGUAAUUGAAUUUUCGAUGAAGUUUUUUUUCUUAGAAAAAACGAACCCAAUUAAUUCUUACCCAAUUGUAUAAUAAUUCCUGAUUGAGCUUUUUUUAUCAUUUCGAUUCAAAAUUACUUCAAGGAUGAUUCUAUUUCGCAUUCACUUUUCAUUUUUGUCCAUCACACACAUCACUUUUAUGCAGCUGAACGCGAGGGCAGUAGUGCAGCACGGAUAAAAGUCUUUGUCUUUGUAUUUUUUGGUGGAUAAGAAAAAAAGGGAGAAACGAGUACGAAAAAUCUCCGCGAAGAGGCGCGCGAGACAGCGUGUGCAUUGGCGUCACGUCAAAAAGAAAUGACCGAUCGAAAGUAUGGAGAAAGAAACUAGAGAAAAAAGCAAAAGUGGGGAAUGAAGGCGCAUCGAUUGUUUGUUGAUGGAAGUAUUGUGAAAAAUUUCGUGAAUUUCCCGUUGCGGGAUAAAAAAAACGACGUCAUGCGAAUGGAAGGAAAAUAAUGGAAGCGACACAUAAUAUUGACAUUUUGUAAAUAUAGCGAAACGAGAAAAAAAAAAGAUGAAAAAAAAACCCGUGAGAAAAAAGAAUCGAAGCGGAAGAUAUAUAAAUAUACACAACGGGUAUAUAUGAAAAAAAAACUUAAUCUUUACACGAGCUUUACUCCACCUUAUUCUUCUUCACGAUCCACUCAUCUUUCAUUUCAUUUGUUCUGAGACAGUUAUUUUUCAAGAAAAAACCUUUGUUGACAAAAUUUGACUCGUUCCGACAACUACUGCGACGCGAGAAGUCGCCACCGGAAAAUCAGCUGUUUCACGCUCGUUCGCGCGCGCAAUUGCAAUUGGCCAAGAUUGCCAAUAAUAACAGACAUAGAAAACAUGUAUUAUGGUUUUUUUGUAUUUUCAUUGCAAUAAUGCAAAAAUUCUAAUCGAUUACGACAUAAUGCUGCUUCUAAAAAAGAAGCACUUGUAAAUAGCUGAUUAUUCGGUCACAAUUCCGAUCGGCGUUUUCGAGUAAGCAAAAAGAAAUGAAGAUGGCGAUACUUAGCGUACAAUCAUGGCCGCUCCAAAGUGACAUUUUUAACUCGAGAAGGUUGGAUCGAAUCAUCGAAGGAAAUAAAAUAAAAUGAAUGAAAAAAAUUCGACAUUAAAUAAAUAUAAGUUAUAUUCAAUUAUUAUGUAUAAAAAGUAAUUAUAUUGUUAUCGUCCUAUAUAACAAUUUAUAUAUAAUUAUCGAAGAAUUAUAUAAAUUUUGUUAUCUCAAGUAUAUUAAUUUAUGAAUAAUUAUGUAUACGUGUGUACAUACAAUAAUACAACAAUCUGUUUAUAUUUAUUUGUGUGAAGCUUUUCGAUGUUUUGUGUCCUACGAUUUCACGCUCACGAUAGAGCCCAGUCUCUAUAGGGAUCGUGAUAUUUUUUCUAUCAGAUCGAAAUCUCACCGCAGCAGGCCCACAUUCUGCUUGAUGAUUUUUUUCCUUUCAUUUUCGUGCCGUUAUUAUUGACAAAAUUCAAUUAAACAUCGGGUGUUGAAUUUUGUCCUAAACACAAGGUGCACACGGACGACUAAACACUCACAUGUCACUUGUAGACGUGACCGUACCACUCGUAUACCAGGUAUCGUUGCACAUCUUCUCGCCCAGCUGCCAUACCAAAUCUCAAUAAGAACGUCUCUCAAUUAUUUCUCAUCUUCAGAGUGGCAUUUUAGUAUUUCAAUUUGGUCGUACUUCUCGAAUAAAAUGUCACUUUCGGCGCGGCCAUUUUCUGAACAGUUCAACUUACGGCCACCAGGAGCACAACCCGAAAAAAUCUGUCAUUUCGUUUACGACCAGAAGACAUUUCGGUUCGACAAGUUGCAUCGCUGUGUAAAAUUUCCAAAUACACGUGAAUUAAUACUCAGAUAAGCUUUUCACCGUGAAAACAAGCUUCACUCAUCGUUUUUCUCCUUAUUCCCACCGGCGCGGACUUGGUAUAUUGAAAAUAAAUUAUUUUAAUCGCAGAUAUCGAUAUUAAAAACCGAAAUAACCAGUGAUCUCAGAAUGAGAAAAAAAAGGAAAAGAUUCGCGCAUUGACACAAACGAGCGUUGAUUACACAUCACAGAAAUUCUUCUCCUGUAAAAGUCACACGAAGACACGGACGAACACGCAUAACACGGGAAACACGCAGGUGUUUCUAAAGAGAAUGUUCCUAUACGUCGUAAUGGUAUAAAUAACAAACAAAAAGAUAAAUAAUAAACAAAUAAAAGUGAAUAAAUAUAACGGAAGAAUAGCUUAUAUACAAAGGUAACGUGGAUUGAAGCAUACAUAUGAAUAUUUUUCUUACGCGCCGGCCGUCACUCCCCACGUAUUUACGAUAUAUAAAUAUAUCAUCUCGACUAGUGCAACAAGAAAAUACAAAUAGAAGGAAAAUAUAAAUAACAAAACACAAAACUGCGCGAAGUCCCAAAAAAACGUAACUAUGUUAUUUAUUUUUACUUAUAUUUUUCGUAUACAAAAUCAUAAAAACCCGAGGAAUUAAUCCAAAAAUUGGCAAAAGAAAACUUAACGAAAUGAAAAACAAAACUAGUCCACGCGCGACCAACGUGCGUGGAAAGUGAGUGAACUCUCUUCGUUUUUCGAGGUUGAAUCGCUACGUUAAAAUGAAACAUGAGUGAUAAAUACCGGUAUAUACAUACAUAUAAAUAUACGAUACAUAAACAAAUAUAUAAAUAAAUAUAUACUUGCAUAAUAUAUUUUCGAACGAUGAGGGCGAGACGCUUGGGUCACCGUGAGGUCGAUGCCGCGGCUCGAUUUCUCGCAUUUUAUUGUCCAACAAUUCCGAUUAGGAAAAAAAAUAAACCGUAAUGAAUACUAAAAUAUUUGGAACCCUUUUCCAAAUCCCUUUUCGUGAUUGAGUAAGUAGCGAAAAAUCAUGUGACAAAAAAAUCCCCUGAACCUUGCGGUGAUUCUAAAAACUGCGUCAAUCUGCUGACAUAUAACGGGGCGAUUCGACCUUGAGUCGAAAAACGUGUAAUUCGUAGCGCAGUUUUGUGUGAUUUGUCUCUUUGGAAGCACCUCCGAAUAUGGAAGAGGCUCGAACCCAAUACCAAUACAUAAUUAUUUGACAAAAGUCUUAUUCUCAGUGACCGUUUUCAGAUAAUGUUUUCCAGGCUCAAAAAUACGGGGAAAUGGGCCCGAAGAAAUAAACAAACGAUACACAAACACACACUUACACUUGUACACGCUAAUGUACCGUGGAAUAAACAAAUGAAGGGCAUGAGGAGCCACGAUUCUCGUUGGUUCGAAAGUUCGAAUAUUAUUAUUAUUAUUAUUAUUAUUAUUAUUAUUAUUAUUAUUAUUAUUAAAUUUAUUAUUAUCAUCAUCUUUAUUAUUAUUAUUAUUAUUAAACGUAGUUGUACAUUUCGAGAGAAAAACGAGUUUUAUCUUAGGUCGUAUCGUGUGUGAGAAGAAAAAGGACAGUGUGAUGAAAAUAUGAAGCUCCGCCCGAAACGCGGCAAGGAGAAAUGACAAGGGGAGGGGGAAGGCUGUUGAAGCGAGGCAGAAAAAUAUAAAUUCGCAAAGUAUAAACAAUGUACAGGAGCAGAAAAGUGGCUCUAGAUGUAUUAUUAAAAUGAAUAAUAUUAACGACGAUUAUGCAUGAUAAUGUAAUGUUGUUUUUUUUAACGAGAGUUCCGUUCGAUUCGUUUAAUCGCUCUUCGUUUUUAUUUAGUUGACACUUGGUAUUGAUAAGUGACAUAGUCGAGUGCGCGAGAGAAAAAGAAUGAGGGAGGGGAAGAGGGCCGCAGUGACUCUUCCUCGGUCUAGCGAGAGCUGUCAUUCUUUAAUAAAAUACGAUUAAUUUUCAAUUGUUAAUGAAUUAAAUGAAAAUAAAUAUGAAAUAAUGAUUAUAUUAAUUAAUCCUUAUUGGACCGUGCAAUAUGUACAAAUUUCGACUAAAUUACCUUUUUAUAUGGAUAUUAAGUAGGCCCAACGUCUGCAAGAAAAAGAUAAGGAAAGAGAGAAAUGCCCCGUUUAUGAAAGAAAGAGAGCGAGAGAGAGAGAGAGAGCGCAAGAAAUUAAAAUGCGUUUAACGGAAACAAAAUGAGAAGGUCAAAGCGAAGCCCUCUGUCUGUUGUAUAUUAUUUUUAUUUCCACCUUUUUUACAUAAAAACAAGCAAGAUCGGCAUCGACCAUGCUAAUUGUAUGGAUGAUAUGUUCCAAUACUAGAGUAAAUCUUUCAACAAAUA